AUGGCCGAAAAUGGCACCUCUUUCGCACCGGACAGGACUCUGCUUCACGCCGUGGAGAAUCCAAAUCGUGCCACAGUCUAUGUGACUCUUCUAAUUGCCUUUGCUCUGCUCCUUUUCAGCUACAGCCGGGAUGGCACUCAGAAACUGGCCCCUGGGAUUAUGGUGGUGGGCGGCAGUGAGAAGCAGACCAUACGGGUAAAUCGCGAGCGCUUCCGCGAAAAUGCGAAGGAAAUGCUCGAGGAGGGCUACAGAAAAUCGGACGGCGGUUUUUUCUACGUCCCAAGCCCGCUUGGAGAGCGGCUGAUGAUACCGGUCAAGUACCUCGAAGAGUUAAAAACUGCCCCGGUCGAAGAGGUCGACUUCGUUGCUACGUUUAUCGAGCAGGAGAUCGUCGACUCUUUCGCCGACUUAUUUCCAGCGUGCGAAGAUUGGACUCCUGUGCCGGUGGUAGCGAUUCUGACCCAGAUUGUGGCGAGGGUCUCGAGCUGCAUGUUUGGCGGGACGACCUUGUCCCACAACAAGGAAUGGGUCAAGUCGUCGAUUGACUUUGCGAUUGACGGGUUCAUCGGCGCCCAGAAAAUCAAGAAAUACCCGGAAUUCGUCAAGCCAUUGGUGGCACGUUUUAUCCCCGAAAUCCGGAAGAUUGCAGACCACUACGCGGCGGCAGAGGCCGCUGCCAUCCCGAUGCUCGAGAGCCGCCGGCGGACCGGGGAGAAGGCCAUGGACCUGCUGUACUGGAUGGCCGAGCAGGCCAAGGACGAGGAACAGGACUUAAAGUUCUUGGCUGGCAUCCUGCUGAAAGUCAGUUUUGCCGCGAUACACACUAGCGCAGCAGCACCUGCACAGCUGCUCUACGACCUGUGCGAGCACCCAGAGUUCAUCGAGCCGCUUCGGGAAGAGGUGGACAAUGUCAUUGGCCACGAUGGCCUGAUUGACAAGUCUGGAUUUAUGAGAAUGGCCAAGAUGGACAGUUUCAUGAAGGAGAGUCAGAGGUUCAACCCCCUCUUACUGAUCACUUUUGAACGAGUGAUUCACAAGCCACUCACAUUGUCCUCUGGUUUCACUAUCCCAGCGCAUACGACGAUAGGUAUUCCGACACAGGCCAUAACGAUGGACGAGUCCCUGUACCCCAGCCCGGUGGUAUUCGACCCAUUCCGGUUCUCCAGGAUGAGAGAAGAGCGGCCAGAGAUGGACGGACGUGCACAGUACGUCGCGUCCAACCCGGCCUCCCUCAGCUUUGGAUACGGGCGGCACGCAUGUCCUGGGCGUUUCUUUGCUGCCCAAGAGAUCAAGGCAAUCAUGGCACAUAUAUUGCGAAACUAUGAUCUCCGAUUUUCCGCGGGCCAGAGCCGACCAGGGAGCCUGCGGGCCGAAACGCAGUACUUGCCACAUCCAGCUGCGACGGUCGAGUUCAAGCGACGAUCUUGA